AUGCUAGGUAUCAUGUGUGUGCCCUCGCUCCCCAUAGAGCUUGUCGAGAAAAUCGUCCGAAGUGCAGAUCGCCAACAGUUAGGAGUACUCUCCUGCGUUAGCCGUACCUUGCAAGCCAUUACUGAACCCGUCCUGUACGAUCUCGUCGGCGACAUGGGGUGUCGGAGAACUAUCCACGCCAUGCGAUCAGUGCUGCGAGCCAAACGCUCGUACCGAAGGCAGUAUGUUCGCUGUUUCUCGAUCAAUAUGUCGACGUGGAGGCAGUGCCACACGUCACAACUCUUGCGGGCGUUCUUUCGUCUGCUCUCGGAUACAUUGCAGGUCCUGCCCGACCUGGACUCUCUACAUCUCAUUGGCCUCCCACCCUGCGAGGCGUGGGUCUUGGCCCGAUGCCCAGCGCAGCCUCUAGCCUUCGUGACUAGCCUCCCACCCAGCCCGAGUCUUUCGGCCUGGCUCCAGGGACAGCGCCGCAUGGAGAUCCUAGUGCUAGCCAACAGAUAUAUGGCGCACUGGGAUCGACGAGUCGAGGUGUCGUCGCCCGCACUGCCCAACCUGCGGAUGAUUUGCGCGUCAAGCAACUCGUUGCAGCAACUCGUCCCUGGGCGACCAGUCGAGCACGUCGUGCUAGACUUCACAAUCGACAACAAGGAUGCGAACGAAUACGGUGAGAUGAAGAAGACUUUUGCGCUAUCCUCGUCCCCGAUCCAUACUUUUGGUAUUCACUUCCGCAUCGCACCACGAAAUCAUUAUAUCACGUCGGAUCUUCCUAUGUUCAUCAGCAAGGAUACGGAACAGCUGGAGGAUGUCACAUCUUUAGAUAUCCAAGUUCCGACGUUUGACUUCUUUGAUGCGCUUCCUGAAUUGACGAACACGGUACAAACGUUCCCCAACCUGUC